UUUACUACUUCUCUGGCUGCGUCGCGGCGGCCACUGGAGAAGAGGCGCCCAGCCGCCCGCUCGCCGCGUCCUCCGCCGCUGUUCCGCUCCUUGUCGAAACCCGGCGCCCGGUGACCCCGUCGCGCUUGGCCCCGAGGGCAUGCAGCAGCCACAGGGGCCCCCCGCUCCCAGGCUCGGCGGCGCGGGUGAGCUUGAGCGGAUGUUCACUUCUUCUCCACAAUGAAUGAGUGUCACUAUGAUAAGCACAUGGACUUUUUUUAUAAUAGGAGCAACACUGAUACUGUCGAUGAGUGGACAGGAACGAAGCUUGUGAUUGUUUUGUGUGUUGGGACAUUUUUCUGCCUGUUUAUUUUUUUUUCUAAUUCUCUGGUCAUUGCAGCAGUGAUCAAAAACAGAAAGUUUCAUUUCCCCUUCUACUACCUGUUGGCUAACUUAGCUGCUGCAGAUUUCUUCGCUGGAAUUGCCUAUGUAUUCCUGAUGUUUAACACAGGCCCAGUUUCAAAAACUUUGACUGUCAACCGCUGGUUUCUCCGCCAGGGGCUUCUGGAUACUAGCUUGACUGCCUCCCUGACCAACUUACUGGUUAUUGCCGUGGAGAGGCACAUGUCAAUCAUGAGGAUGCGGGUCCACAGCAACCUGACCAAAAAGAGGGUGACGCUGCUCAUAUUGCUUGUCUGGGCCAUUGCCAUUUUUAUGGGGGCAGUCCCCACACUGGGCUGGAAUUGCCUCUGCAACAUCUCUGCCUGCUCUUCCCUGGCCCCCAUUUACAGCAGGAGUUAUCUUGUUUUCUGGACGGUGUCCAACCUCAUGGCCUUCUUCAUCAUGGUUGUGGUGUAUCUACGGAUCUACAUGUACGUCAAGAGGAAAACCAACGUCUUGUCUCCGCAUACAAGUGGGUCCAUCAGCCGCCGGAGGACACCCAUGAAGCUAAUGAAGACAGUGAUGACUGUCUUAGGGGCAUUCGUGGUAUGCUGGACCCCGGGCCUGGUGGUUCUGCUCCUGGAUGGCCUGAACUGCAGGCAGUGUGGUGUGCAGCACGUGAAAAGGUGGUUCCUGCUGCUGGCACUGCUCAACUCCGUCAUGAACCCCAUCAUCUACUCCUACAAAGAUGAGGACAUGUAUAGCACCAUGAAGAAGAUGAUCUGCUGCUUCUCUCAGGAGAAUUCAGAGAGGCGUCCCUCUCGCAUUCCCUCCACGGUCCUCAGCAGGAGUGACACAGGCAGCCAGUACACAGAGGAUAGUAUUAACCAAGGUGCAGCCUGCAAUAAAAGCAGUUCCUAAACUGUGGAGACCUCUCCACCCACCCAGGCCUCCUGUGGGAAAAGAGCUGUUAAGAAUGGUUACCUGUCUCUAACAAAACCCAUGUACAGUGUUAUUUGAGGUCUCUAUUAAUCAAUGCUAGAUUUGCUUUAAAAUUUGCUUUUCGUGGUUUGAAAGCAUGGGCAGUAAAGAGGACGUGGUGCAUUUAGAGAAAGCACAGAAAUGGGAAAGGCACAGCCAGUCCCUGCUUGUCCUGUGAACUGCUUGGAGCUGCUGCCAACCCAGCUGGGCCUUCUGGGUUCUGGUGCCAUUUUGUAACCAUUCUCCUUGUGUUUUAAAAGGAUGUUAUGAAAGAGUUUAGACCAAAAUAAAUAAAUAAUAAUGUUACUUGAGCCAUCUUAUAUAGCUGCUUGGAAAGUCUAUGUAGUUCUUUCUGCAUGCAUUAAGAAUGUUUAGAAAUGCUUCA